GUGGGAUUAUCAUCCAGAUAUCCUGAACAAAAGACUUUGUUGGUUUCAUUGUUUUAUCACAAUUAUGAAUCUAGACAUAUGGAUGUCAAAUUGUGUCCAUGCAUGUUCUCUGCAAUAGCAUUGUAGUAAAUGCAGUAAACCCGUAUUUAUUACUUAUAACACCACUCGGACGGGACAUUCGCAUACACAAAACAAACACUCCUUUCUAGACCUGCCCUCAGAGGUGGAGCUACUGCCUCGUAUUCAAGGAACAACAGUGAUAUACAGUCAGACUGAACUAUGGAGGGAGGAGGAAGGGUGUCCUGGUUUAAAUAUGGACCUGUAGUGUCCUUAUUCGUAGUGUUUUUGGCUUUCUGGUUCCGCUCAUCUGAACGCACUGUACUGGAUGACCGGCUGGACACAGUUUUGUCCUCUUUACUACGCGCUGAACGAAAAGUCGGGAUCAACAAUGUCGCCAGACCUAAAGUAGCCAUUGGUUUUGGGGGCUGUGCAGAUUUACUGGUGGAUGGAGUGUCGUUGCUAAAUAAGAUUGGCCUAAUUCCUUCAGAGCAACCCCUGCAUCAUGAUUACCUGGAAAACACUGAGCAACUUGCUCAGAGCUUUGCUUAUUUCUUUGCACCUGGAGCUGCUGCAGAGCGCUUUAUGAUAAAUGACACGCUUUUUAGUGAGUUGGUUGAAGCUUCCCGUGACCUGCCCGGUAACAGAUGGUCAGUAGGGGGUAAUGCCCCGGUAAUGGCCGGUCGCCUGGCAAAAGAGGGAUGUGAUGUGUUGCUCGGCGGAAGCUUCAGCCCAGACUUUACUGAUGUCCUGUCUGAGCAUAUUACAGUGGCAGGAAAAAUACUGGAAGAGCCAGAUAUUCACCUAAUCUUGGAAUAUCCAGUGGGUGCUACUUGGGGACCAUAUAUCUCCCGUAGGGCUAAUAGAUACAUAAUACACAGUGAUGAUCAUAAUCCAUACCUGGACUCAAUGGAGGAAUUUGCUAAGAAACUAACAGAGUUUAAGCCAGAUCUGCUUGUAGUGGGUGGGCUACAGAUGAUGGAUAGUUUCCCCUUCCAAACAGGUCAACGUGAUUUUCUUCUAUCUCGUCUGUCGGAUCUUAUUUCUUCCUCAUCAGCCAAACUUGGUACUCACUUUGAAAUGGCCAGUUUUGUUGAAGAAAGUAUCAUGGAAGACCUCCUACAUUAUGUUAUACCUUAUGCUGAUUCUUUAGGGAUGAAUGAACAAGAGCUUCCAAACUUGCUCAGCCUUCUUAAAGGAUCCAACAUCACUGUAUUAUCAGAUCCAAAUCCUCGUGUAGCCACUGUCUUGGACCAAAUGAGGGAAGUUUAUCGUAUCCUUAACCAGCGCUACAAACUUGCAGUGACAACCGAAGGCGACCAAACUAGAAUGAAGCCACUGACUCGACUUCAUGUUCACACACUGGCCUUUCAAGCUAUGAUCGUCACACGAGGGGCUCAGUGGAAGAACACUAUGUCAGCCACUGCCAAGGCCUCACUCACUGCCAACCGCCAUGUUUGUGGAUCUAAUCAUAUUGAUCUUAGUAAGGCAAGACUAAUCAUGGAUGACUCGUUCUCAGUAAGCAGACAGGAAGGAAGUCAGCGCAUCCCUCUUCAAGAAAGCAGGCCCGUGAGCUGCUGGCAUGAACAAGACUACGAGAUCUGUGUGGCACCUGUAUUGGUUUGUACCGAAGUUUACCAAACAGCAGGUGGAGGCGAUAACAUCUCCGCUGCUGGCCUGGUUCUGCAAAUCUAGUCUUAAAAUGUGAUUUAGGAAACUUGACAUGCAAAAUUACCACUGCUGCAAAUGCAAGUAUUGAAUGUGAUGCUGGUUACUUCUAUACGGUCAGCAUUAAUGAGGAUUUAUAUUUUCUUUGUGGUAGAAUCAGGUCAACCCUUUUACAGCAACUCUGUCACUUGAAAAAACCUAGCCUUAUUGCAACACUAUAGCCUUGGGUCUGAGGGAACAUGGUGAUCUGGAUAAAAUAAGACCUAAAUCAGAGUAGCAAUGCAUCACAAUGUGACAUCAAAGUUUGCAUAAUAGUUUUUUUAUAUAUAUAUAUAUUUAAACCACUAUGCAGCAAAAUGUUCAACUGCAAGGACAUAGAUGACUAUUUGACAACAUAAUAAUUCCACUUACUACCUUUGUGUUUUAAAAGUGAAUAGGAAACUUAACAAGGGGCAGCAUAAAAGUCAACCACUGUUCUUCCCAUUUUGUGAAAACAUAUUUGUAUCUUUUGUUGUUUUUUUCCAUUACAUAAGGUGUGAUAUACAGCAGUGCAAUAAUACAAAAGCGUUGUUAAAAGAC